GGCUCGGCCGAGUUGAAGCGGCGGCGCCGGCCCGCGCGCCCCUUGGGGCCGCCCCCGCACCCCGCUCGCCGGCGUCUGGCUCUCAUGAUGAUGAAGAAGAAGAAGUUUAAGUUUAAGGUGGACUUCGAGCUCGAGGAGCUCUCCUCGGUGCCCUUCGUCAACGGGGUCCUCUUCUGCAAGAUGCGGCUGCUGGACGGCGGCAGCUUCACCGCCGAGUCCCCCAGGGAGGUGGUGCAAGCAAACUGUGUUCACUGGAGAAAGAAGUUCUCAUUUAUGUGCAAAAUGAGUGCAAGUGCCACCACAGGCAUCCUAGACCCUUGUAUCUACAGAGUAUCUGUGAGGAAGGAAUUAAAAGGUGGAAAAGCUUAUGCAAAGCUGGGCUUUGCAGAUCUAAACCUGGCAGAGUUUGCUGGAUCAGGAAAUACCACUCGUCGCUGUUUACUGGAAGGCUAUGAUACCAAAAAUACAAGACAGGAUAAUUCCAUUCUUAAAGUUUUAAUCAGUAUGCAACUGAUGUCUGGUGACCCAUGUUUUAAAACGCCUCCUUCUACAUCAACGUCUAUACCAAUUGCUGGUGAAUCUGAAUCUCUGGAAGAAGAUAGAAAAGGUGGAGAGACUCUCAAAAUUCAUCUUGGGAUAGCAGAUCUCUCAGCAAAGAGUGCCUCUGUUCCAGAUGAACUUGGUGCCUGUGGACAUUCUAGAACAUCAAGCUAUGCAAGCCAGCAGUCAAAAGUAUCAGGGUAUAGCUCUUGCCACUCCCGGUCAUCUAGUUUCUCUGAGUUCUGCCACAGGAGAAAUACCUCAGUGGGAAGUACAUCAACAGGAAUUGAAAGUAUUCUAGAGCCAUGUGAUGAAAUUGAGCAAAAGAUAGCUGGACCAAGUCUUGAUACAGCUGAUAAAGAAGAUACAGCUUCCGAAACACUCAACAGAUGCCCAGUGAAACAAGAUUCUGUAGAAUCUCAGCUGAAGCGAGUUGAUGACACCAGAGUGGAUGCAGAUGAUAUUGUGGAGAAAAUAUUACAAAGUCAAGACUUCAGCCUAGAUUCCAGUGCAGAAGAAGAAGGACUGAGGUUAUUUGUGGGUCCUGGGGGAAGUACAACCUUUGGCAGUCAUCAUCUUCCAAACAGGGUGGGGUCUGGAGCUUAUGAACAAGUUGUGAUCAAACGCUAGAAAUCAAGCUGGUGAACUGAAGCUUCCCUAGGGGUUUAAGAUGUGGUCAGUUGAGCUGUCAAGGCACUUUAUUCAAGCACUUAUGAGAAAGUGAACCUAUUAAAAAAAAAUGCGGCAUGUUCAUCUAUCAAGAGGAAAGCCAACACUGAUUUCUUCUCUGAAGGUGCCCACCACUCUCCUUUCUCACCCACCCACAGGGAACAUCGGAAUGGUAGUAUCAGGGCAGUGUGCCACGUGUACUUAGAGGUACACAGCUUCUGUGGUCACUGCACAUAAUAAUGAAAAGCCUUCUUUUUUUUUUUCAAAA